AUGCCUACCUACUUCGCGCGUGGCGUCUCGGUGCGCCUGGGCGCGAUUCCGCUCGGUGAUACAACUACAGCAAAGAUCAUACUGAGAAAGGGAGAGGCAGCCAAGCAACAGUCUGCAUUAGCUGAAAAGAGGCUGUUGAGGAGCAAGCUAUUGAAGGAAGAGCAGGUGCCUUUCCCCGGUGAUGACGCCGCCUUCCAGCUCAACUGGCUCGCAAAAGCGCCUUUCAUGCAGACCCGGGUCGGGAGUGACAUAUACGAAGAGGAAGCUCCUGGGGACGCACAGGGUGCGCCGAAGGAUGUCUCGCAGCUCACACUGAAAGCACUUACCCUCCACGUCAACCUCUCCGACCAGACCUAUGUCUCCGGCCUCUACAACCAGAGAACAUCGCUCAAGAUCGAAGUCUUCUUCAAUGGAACACUCGCUGCAUGUUUGGCCAUGCCCAACUACGACGGCAAAUCUGGCUCGAAAGACCAUCACCAGGUCUUCGCGGGCACUAGAGUCGACUUUCUCGCUGAGCGGCCAUGGAUCAUCCUACCACCCGGAGUCGCCGCAGAUGGCAGUACUGCGAAGAACAACACACCACCUUCGGUAGAACAGCGAUGGCAACACAUUGGCCAGGCGCUCCAAGCUGAAGCACGCGAGCGGGGUACCGACGAACAAGGCAACAUUCCUCCUACUGCCGACUUCCUCCACGCGCUUGCGACAACGCAGAUGCCGGAGCAGGUAUAUACUAUGCAGAGGCCAGGUGGAAAGACUUUCGGGGUCAUCGACGUAGUCAUCACAUCUGGAGAGGGUAGGAAGCUCACUAGCGGCGUGGGCUAUUUGAAGACACCGAAGCGCAUGAUCGACGAGAGUUACCCGUUCGUGCUCGGGGCAGACGGCAGUACUAUGCAACUGCGUGUCGAUGCGCCUAGCAAGAGUGAGAGUGACGCGGAACCUCAAGAUACCGUGGAGCCGACCUCAGAGGUCAUCGACGUGGAUGCAGAAGGAGACAGCGAUCCAGAGUACAGGUCUCAUACAAAGAGACAGGCUCUCCGGUCUGGAGUGCAGUCGAAGCAGGAUAUGUCACCUGUCUUGCCAUCAGCUCUAACCAUGGAACCCUUGACGCUGUCAAGUCCACCACUCGCCGGUGUCGGAUCAAGCAUUCCAGCACUGAUAGCACCAAACAUUACAGAUGCAAGAAUUACGUCUUCACCAGUUCGAAGAAGUGCAGAUACCUCCAACAUACCGCGUGCACCGGAGACUGGACGAGCGCAUACGCACGAUGCAGUACGCAUCUCAGAAGCGGAGCUCACGUCGCGUGCAGGGUUCACUACGAAGAUGAUGAAUCCAGAUCUGACCCCAAACUCGCAAACGACUCACAUGCUCCCAUCACCAUAUACCUUUCAAUUCUCGGAUCCAACACUGGGAGGAGUCGCACCCAGUGAUCUCAUGCGUCAGAUACCGGGCGACAACGCCGGCCUGACGUCUAGUCCGCUCGAUCGCUUUCCCACGGCUUUUCAGGGCCCAGGUUACCAGUACGCAUCACCUUUUCCUACACAUUUACCAGGGCUCAGGCAAGCACCCUCAAGUCAUAGGCCGCAUGCGGGUUCUCUGCCUGGAGAACCACGUGGUGGCUUACCCGAAAGCCAAUACACGCGUCGAGACUACACCAUGUCCGGUAUGGGGCCCAACUUCUGCGGAGCUCCCGAGAGCUACAAGCCAAACAUGUGGGAGCCUGAACUGCGUUUAGACUUGGCUUCCAAUCGCCCCGUCCAGAAUCCGACUCGACAGGAUAUCGUCCCAGGAGAUGAUGAACAGAAGAGAUCCAUUGACUCAGAGAAGGCAAGCACCGAAUUUCGCGGGUCAAGAAAAAGUACGGUCCGGAUGGGAACGCCGCCGCCUACAUCGCCAUUAGAGCACGCGAAGACUGACCUGCCCCUCGCUAUCGACAACCCACAAGAGACCAGCGCUUUCCAACCGAAUGUUGUGGUCGAAAAUCCCACAUAUACUGUCAAGAACUCUAUCCCAACGGGUGAACGACUUGAAGUAGAGGAGGUCAAGCUGCAUGGCGAUCAGCUGGGUGCUGACUCAAGCGACCAGAGUAUACAUGCAACCGAACCAAGACUCUCGCGUCGUACAACUUCUAGCAACAACAUUCUUGGUGUACAAGGCCCAAAGGCAAAUCCAUUCUGGUUCGAGGACCCAGAAGAGAUACUUCGUGAAGCAUCUGCGCGACUACGUCGAUCUCGCUCUUUCGCCAAACCGAGAAACACGCCUGACGCAGCUCCAUCGUCCAAGAUCGCGAUACCGGUCGUCCAGAACUCUAAGAUCUGGGACACUGCUACAUCUUCCCCUCUAUCCAGCCUACAUACAACUCCUGAGCCUGAUAUGGAGCCCAUUUCAUAUACCCGGUCACCUCAAGCACCUAUUAGAUCGUCUCCUGCACCUAUUCCGCAAGCGGAUGGCUCAUCGGAACGCAAAAGCUUGCGCGAAUCACGUCGCGGCAAUGAAACCCCGUCCCCAGUGAAGCUCACUUCAACUCUGACGACACCUCAACUUGCGCGCCACGAACCCUCUACACCCCAAUCCUCGGCUACGAAGAAACGCAAGAACCUCCACCGCACCUUACCGAAGGAGCCUCGCAGUCCCACACGUCUAAAGACGAACAGCAACCCAUCGCUGAACCGGGAUUGUGUCAUCGCGUACGCGGAGAGCAAGGACAAGAAGAACAAACAAGGCAUUCUAAGGCAGGUGAAGAGUGAGAGGCAGGGAGUGUUCAGUGAGAACGAUGUCGUUUUUGCGGCCAGGUUCUUCGUGGAGGAAUGA